UAUAUAUAUAUAUAUCAUGUGAAGCGGGGGAAAUCGGUGGAAAUGAAAACAGAAAACAACAGUGUACCCGUCGUAUGAAUCAUGUGCAAUAUCAUAUUCAGCACAUCGCGGAUGGCCAAUUCGGUGAUCAUUUAUUUGACACAAUAUGAGAAAUUAAACUAGCGGCGAAUUUGGUGACUGAAAAUGGCUUGACUGGGUCGCUAGCGGAUAGUCACUGAAAUGAACAGAUUGAUCUGUGGUAAUAUAUAAUAUAUAUGGCAAUAUAAUGAAAUUAAUUAUGUUUAAGGUGCUCGAACUCGUCUACACUGGUGCCUUUGAAAAAACGAUGUGGGGAUGGACCUGUGGUGAACCUUGUGAAAUUCUGUAAACAAUGUGUUUUUCGAAACAUACAUCGCAAUUUAUCGAAAGUUUACGAUUAACAUGAUCCUAUUCCAAAGGCGUGUGGAUCAAGCCUGACAAAGAAAUCGUAAACAAUGUUUGCCGUAAUAGCUCAUAUAAAAGAAAUAGGUCAGAACGUCGCAAGCUUACUGGGUGACUACGUGACGUUUUUAUGUGAUUAGAAAAAAGUCCGCUAAUCCGUUGCAAAUCCUGUUUUAUCACAUAUGCGUGGUGAACAAAUUAAAUUGUUAUUGAAGGGCAUAGAAAUAUUACCAAUUAAAAACCCAUAAAUACCUACCUUAUAACCGCCCUCUUUAUAUUCUGUUCUUUAUUAUCGGGCUAUAGAUAGAUCCUAGCGGACUUAUCUGACUCAAUAUUUGCGUUGCAUUAUCGAGGUCCUUGAAAUAUUUUUUGCUGUCUUUGCUACCUUACGAAAUACACUUAUACUGGCUACCUAGCUUUUUUACGUUCCAACGUUUUCGUGCAUAGCACUAUCAUUGUUGACGUAGUAUGUUCUAAAGUUGGCCAAUACUUUAGCUGAUACUGGUUAUCGUUGGAGGAACAGCAACGUCAGAUGAAUACACAGGCAAGAAAAUGGAAAAAACCCAAGAUCUGCAAUUGCAACGUGGAGACAAGUGACCGCCAUACCGUCCCCGGACUUCACUAAGACGCCAAAGCAUGCGUGAGGGUGUGAAAAAUCGGUUUGUUGGGCUAUUCAUUAGAGACUAGUAAUUAGGUUGUUUUUGUGUUAUUAUUUUUCAUAGGUGAAUGAAUGAAUUAAUGAAUGAAUGAAUUAACUGUUGGGGCAUGGAAGAAUCAGAUACAAAAUAGCUCGUUUAAUGACGAAAAAACGCUUGUUAGUAUAUUUCAAUAAAAGGUUUAGCUUGAAGACGCCUUCACUUAAUCAAUCACCUUUUACCUACACUUAUUUUGAAACAAAUGAAAAUGCCCUGAAAAGUAGAGCCGUUAAGUCCGUUGAGUUUUUGCACAAAGAUUGCUGACUGAAGAGAUGGUUAGCAUCAGGAUACAUUGUAGCUUGAUGAAUUUGACUUUUGCCUUUAAGGCGGAAUAUGACAAUAGAAUUUAAGAAGCUGUGAGUUCGAUGAUAAGUUCCUGUUUUAGACCGUUAGAAGGACAGCACGGUUUUAAAAUAAAGGUGUCUUAUUUUGCCUGUUACCGGUUCAUACAAAUACAAAUGGGUGUACGAAUGUAGGCGUCAUGGUAUUUCACACUCUUAAACUUAACGUACUACAUCAGGGUUUAUACUGUUUCUAUAUUAGGCUUAUUAUUAAUAAUAUUAUCGUUAUUUAGGCUCCUGUAUAUCAUUUGUUGAUGUUUUUAAUUUUCUCAAGAGACUGACCCGUUUUUACAUGGAUUUCUUCACUUACCCAGCCAUCCAGAAAAUUUACUCAAGAUUUAUAUGUAAUACUACCUUCUCAAACUCUGAUACGAAUAUCCAAGGGUUUAUGUUUUAAACCAGAAAGCAAAUGACUCAUUUUUCAAGCGUCCUAUGAACAGUUUACACUGCCUGGUUGUCGUCAUCGCCGCAGCAUGUUCAAAGGCUAAACAGUGACAACCAACUCAUAUGGACUGAUGUUUUUCGGUAUUAUACGAAUAAGAUUUGUCAAAACAUGUAUAGGCCGUUUACGUGUGAAGCUUGUAUAAUCGAGUCGUUGGACGUAUAAAAGGCAGCGAUGGACACACAGAUGUUCCAGGGAGCGAGAGAACGGAGCAUAAACUUUCAUAAGUCUUCCUCAAGUCGACGAGAAAAGUCAUUUGCGGUGUGGUUUUAUUGUUUAUUAAUUUAUAGAAAUUAUGUGGAUUAUAAUUUGCAUUUUUAUCAUGAAACUCUCAGAAUUUCGAAAUUUUUGGAGUAACUGAAAAAGAUAAUUAUGACAUUGUUCUUCUCAUGCUUGUUUUUUUUGUCGUUAAGGGAAGUAGUAAAAGGUGCUUCAGAUAGCUCGUCUAUCUCUGUCAUCCAAAACAUUUACGGAGAAAGAUUUGGGGAAGCACAAAGAGUACAAAUUGGUUCCAGAGCCUACUGAAUUCUAUCUAACGUUGCAAUAUACAACAAACAACAAAUUUAUAUACAGUAAACAGCUAAUCUCGUAGAGUGAAAAGCGCCACUUAACGACAAUUGAGAUAUUUACGAGUGGAUAAUUAAUGCAAGGUUACGUUACGUGUUCGGCUUAUAAUUUCACUUGACGUAGAGUCUAUUGACUAUUUGUUAUUCACAUAAACACUGACUUGUUGAGGUCAUCUAUAUAAACUGAUAAACACAAAAUUGCUCAUCAAAACUAUAAAAAUGUGAACCAGUUUGUAGCUUGCUCAAGCGGUAAUGAACCACAGAUUGUGAGCACGGUUUAGCGAAUGCGUUUAUUUUACCAUUAGAACUUGUAAACUGCUAAGCGUCAAGGGAAACAUAAAGUGAAAACUAAUCGCGAAAUCUCCGCCAGCUGGUCGUAUUCAAGCAGCAUCGCUUGCCUGGACCCAUUAUCGUUGUGCGUCAAACGUGUCCCUAUAUUGGAUGUCCUCAGUAUAAGUCGUUAGCUGUAGCGAAUACAGAUGACGUAAUCCGGCUAAUGUGAAAUCUGCAAACGUAACGCGACUAGUGUUGCGAUGCUGCCAAGGUGCCUACUUCGCCUAACAUAACUUCUCUCAAGUUGAAACAAGGGCUGCUCAAAGGAAGCGCUCGAUAUGGCAAGUAAAAUAAUUAGGUAACAGAAUUGACUAGCUCGUCGAAAAAGCCAAGUACGAAGGGAGGGACGAUAUCGGAUAUGACCUAGUAGAUAAUCAACAAAGCGAGUACUAUUUAACACAAAUUUUAUAUAUGACUUACUAGUCAUAUAGCCAUCGGAAUCUAGGGGAGCAAUAUAAACGAGAAUCAGCUUGACACUUAGCGAAUUCCGCUCCCCAUUCAGAGAUUUUUAGAAGAGAUUCUUUGGGUCCAAUCACGUGAUCGACAAUAUUAUUUUUACUCGUAUGUUUCUGGAAUAAUGCAAAAUAACAUGGCAUCAAUUGCCGCUCCAAUGAUACUAAAAUUUACAAUAACAACAUUAUACAACCUAAAAGUGGAAGCCGCCAUAUUUAAAUCAGAAGAUUUCAUCAGAUGUUCAAACUCGGCUUGCACGAAUCACUGACAUCCGUCUGAUGCCUGUAGUUUUCACGCGUUUUUUUGUGUCGAGUACACUUCGAAAAUCCCUGAUGGUAAAGGAUAUUUUCUAAUACUUAUGUUAUUCGUAAUUAAAUUGUGUUUUAGCCGCUUUUUAGUGUUUCUGUAAGGCGCAUAAGAGCGGCUGCUUCUAGGAAACCAGCGUAACGUAAGCCCGACGCGGACAGGAUAUAUGAUGUGCGCAAAUGAAUGAUGCAAACGAAGUUCUCGAUUUUGCUUUGAUCAUAUGAAAUUACACACUAGCUCAAAGAAUUCAUUUGCCCACAGUCGGUCGUAGUACUUGUACUAGUAGUCCUGCAACAGGUUUAACAACAACAACAUCAUCAUCAUCAUCAUCAACAACAACAACAACAACAACAACAACAUUAACUAUUGUGAAUGUUGCGACAGGAGUGCCGACGCAGCGCCCGGCCAACGAUCAACUUCACACGAUUAGUAAUAGCUAGUAUUUGUCUUAUGUCAAAAAUUGAGCUGAACUACUUCGCUGUGAUUUUCGCUUACGAAAACGAGCGUCCGCCAGCGAAGUCAACUCGUUUGUAUUUUGUAAAUGCGCAAGUUACGUCUCGCUUGUGGACAACGAACUAUUGGGUAGGGUAAACCACCUGAUAGGUGAGUUGAAGGAGUCGGCUGCUUGUGGGCAACCGGAGCUAAUUAUCAGCUAACUCAAUACGAUUCAAUUGAUUAUUGAAUCAUUUUAGUUCUGAAUAGGAGCAAUUGAUUCGUGCUCGUUGUAGACAAAGUAUUUGGCUGGUGUGCCCAUGCUUACCUUGCCUGACGGCCUGUAGUUUGUGAAACGUGAGCUCCUAUCGAAAAAUAUAUCGAACGGAUAUAAUCCAACGUCACGUUGUUCCACGUUCAAUCAUGGAGGUGAAUAGUACGAAUGAGUCGAUGAAGCGAGCCUAUCUCGCUAAGUCAAUUUCGAGCGAAAUUAACAACGUUCAUGUAGAAAAUGUUAUUCUCGAUAACAACGCAAUCAUUGAAGCCUGUGACGAAGAGCACCGUAAGUCACCGUCUGUCCGAAGCACGACUUCGUCAAAGAGUUCUUUUUCAUCGUGGGUCGAUUCAAGCAGCAGUACCGGCAGCUCCCCCAAAUCAAUUGAUGAGGAGGAGGGCGAGAUUGUGUCGGACGAAGAGGUUUCUCCACCGACUGUUGAGCCUGUUAUUCGGGGCUCCCCCUCGGGCCCGAGACCGGCUGUCUCGAUAGGAGGUUUUGCUCAAUCCCGGAUUGGGGCCAUCGCGAUCGGCUCCACUGACGCCCGGCCACCUGAAGAAAAGAAACCGCUGUCCAUUGGCGACAUCGCCGAGCGAAUCCAACAGCAGAACGCCAUGCUUUUAGCAAGUGAAAUGGACCGGCUUCACCAGCAGAAACAAGAAGAGGAGCGAGCUAGAAAGCGGCACCACAAAAAAGAAAAACGACGAAGACGAACGGGCAGUUACUCGAGUGACGAUGGCCCACAUUCUCCGCAUAGAAAACAUAAACGCCGCCACGAUAGGAAGCGAUCUCGAUCGCGUUCCCGAAGUCCGCCGGCUCAAACAAAAAGGAGUAAAAAACAGCAACAACAGCUACAACAACAACAACAGCAGCAACAACAACAACAGCAACAACAAGAAGAGACAGCCCGUGCCCCAUGUAAAUUCUACCAGGAGGGCAAGUGUAACAAGGCACCGGGUGAAGAAUGUCCUUACUCUCAUGCGGUUGAACAAAUCAAGCGAGCCGAAUUGUGUCGAUUCUAUGUUUCGGGCCACUGCGUCAAGCGUAACUGUCCGUUUAUGCACGAGGACUUCCCAUGCAAAUUUUUCCAUUCGGGAGCCCCAUGCUUCGCCGACAAAAACUGCAGAUAUUCGCAUGCACCCCUUACGGAUGACAUGCGAGACGUUUUGAUGAAGUAUUUGGACGAGUGUAAAGGCCUGAAACGAGAGGAUCUAGAACGGUUAAGUCGUAAAGCCAAGGAGCGCGAGGAACGUCAUAAAGACGGCGGUACAGGCCCCAACAGAGGUGGUCAUAGGGAGCCACUGCUUGAGCUCCCACCACCGAAAGACAUGGAAGAAGGCCAAACUGCUGGCGGCCUUGGUCCUAUGGGAGGGGCGGCAGCCUUUGCUGGAGGAGACGUCGAUCUGCGCAUUCCAAUACCUCCAUCAGGCGGGAACACAACGCACUCGGUAGGGGACAUGGACUACCGCCUGCCCAGCGGAGAUCAGCGUGACAACAGCCGAUUACAACCUGCGGAUCAGGACGAACGAUUGGAUCGGCCGGAUAGAAAAGGUAGUCCUCCAAGGACAACCUUCUACCGAGAUACGAUUGAAUCACCUAGGGCACAAGCGGGGUCUCCUAAUAAUCGUCGGGUGUCGGUAGACACAGUACGGGACAGAAGUCCUAACAGCACGCGGAGGAGAAGUUCAGAAUCAAACGAUUUGAAAAGAAGCGAUUUCCGUCGCGGAGACGAUGACCAGCGACACUCAGAGGAAUCGACCUCAAAGCAGAGCGCAAUCGAACGGCCCACGGAUCCUCGUGACCGCCUAAGGACCCUCGCUGGACAACCCUUGCCAGGCCCGCCAAUGCUCGACAGCAACGCUCACGUGCCCAAAUCGCAGAGGGACCUCCUUAUGCGGCUGCAGCAACGGGCCGACAACAAUAGUAAUAUGAGCGCUCAUUUCAACCAGGACUCGCAAGGCAGCAGCGUUGAGGAAGGCGGUCGCACGCCGAUGGCGGAUGAAGACCUUGGCGGAGGAGACGUUGGAGCUAGUGGUCGUGAUUCUAACGAAAUCAGAGGUCAUGGCGGAGAUGAGGAUAGUGACGAAGAUCUCACACAUGUGCUCAAAAGAUUGCAACAGGAGCCAAAGAAGGAAGUCACACCGGCAGCGGUUUCAGCUGCUCCGGGCGGAAUCGACCUCGUAAAGAUAAUUUCUUCAAUUGCGUCGAGCAGCUCAUCGAGUACGCAGAACUUUAUAGAUCAGCCGGCUGAUUACUGGAAACGGGUGUUAUCUAUUGCGGGGGUCGACCCCGCAACAGGAACACCUGCUACAACUUCGACGGCAUCGGCGGCUAGUACCAAAACACAGCAAACAAUGCCGUCAUCACCUACACUUGGCUUCAAUGUUCCACAAAGUUCACCUGCUGUUGCAACAUCUGCACCAGCUAAAACCGACCCGCGUCGCCGAGAUCCUCGUCAGCAACCGGCCGCUUCCCAAAUGACAGGCAUGGCCUCAUCCCGUGAUGUUUCCGUACCACCUUUGGGUCCCCUGCCGAUCUUCCCCAAGCUCGAGGUAACCGCCGUUAUCGAGUCACGUGACGGAGAUGCUCCAUAUAUUCUCCGGCAGAUUGAGCCAGCACCAUCGCCAGCUCGCUAUGAAAAAUUGGUGCACCUUGUGGAGAUGAAUUUCCGACUGAAAACGGAUCCACGACUUGUGCGCCACCUGGAGAAGCUACCACGGAAAGAAGAGGUAUUAGACACCCCUCAAUCGCCUCCCCAGCAGCAACAACAGCAACAACCACAAAUGUUGCAGCCAGGAGGAAAUUAUAUGCCACCGCUAGUCCCGCCACUAGUGCCGCCAAUGGUAAGCAUGGCUGGAGCUCUCGGCACGAUGGGUAAUCUUGCCCCGGGAAUGGGCAAUAUGGUCCAAAAUAUGGCAGCCGUCUUAGGAAGUCAACCUCCCGGAGGUAAGACACCUCUCUUGCCGCUUCCCAGCUUACCGCCAAUCAACCUAUCGCCGAUGCAGCAGCUAAUUCAAGAUCCUCGUUCUAAAAUCGAUCCCCGACUAUCACGAGAUCCACGCAAUCAGACUGUGCAAAAUAGUGGCUCGGUAGGUGUAGAACCAUCUCGGAUGGGACCGCCGCUAGGGGUAGAUUCCAGGGGAACGAUAGAUCCAAAUGGAUUCCAGCAACGAAUGCCAGGUCCGAUUGGCCCAAUGAAUCCCAUGGCUGGAGCUAUGGCAACUAUGAACGAUCCCCGUCGGCCUGGUGCCGCCUUUUUAGGCCCUCGCCAACAAGUCGAUCCUCGACAGGCGGCUCGAGCAGUUGUAGAGGCAGGCCGUCAGUUUGGACCGCCUCCUAGGCAGGGACCACCAGGUGGUCUUACGGGAGCUCCACUGCCAGGAGCAGCGACUGGAGCCCCCAUUGAACAGGCUCCAAUGAGCAGCGACUCACGCCAGAAGACUGACCCACGCUCGAAUCGAAAUGAUCCUCGCCAGAAACGGGAUCCUCGCAAUAAAGAGCAAAUGACACCUGUUGCCAAGGAAGGCCAUCAAUCACCACCAUUGUCACAGCCUAGCGUCGAGGACACAAACACUUCCAGGCCAAAGAUGACCUACAGCUCACCUCUAUCGGCAUACCACGACGGGGCACAGGAAAACAGUUACACGCGACGAAACAUAGGACGCAGUAAGAAGAAAAGCCAAGCUGGAAAGAACGCGGCUGGUCAAGCCCCUGCGAAUCCUCCAUCGAGUGGGGUUUCGGCAGCACCCGCCAUUGACGGCGCUGGCGAAACCGAAAAGCCCGUUGUUCCGUCAGUCGCUGAACCUUCAGCGUCACCAGUAGCGCCAGCCGAUAUGGGGGCAGCUGCGCUUCCACCCCCGCCAUCGCUGCUAUCCCACCCGGUCGAUCCUUACGCGCCCGCUGACGACAAACCGCUCAGCGAGAUGUUUAAGACGAAAGACCCCACCGCUUCGCCAUUUAAUUGAUUUAUUCAUUAGUUCGUCCAUUGAGACGAUGGUAUGAUACAUGGAAAUUUACGACCUACAUUCUCGAUCGGUUGUCACAGUAAUGAGGCAGUGCCCCUUUUCAAGCGUAAAUGCACACGAUGUCAGCGGAAAACGGGUUUUUGACUAGAAAGACUAUUAGAAAAGGGAGAUAGCUACACAAUCUGACGGUGAUAAUAUGCAAUAACGACCAGUAAUAACUAGAAUAUUAUACAGAGAUACCGUAGAACGCUCCUAUUGGCGUUAUAACAGCAGCUACUGGCACCGUCACAGCUCAUCGUAGUUGGUUACCUAUUUAUUAAUUAUUUAUGGAUCCCUUUUCCGCAUGUAUUGUUCGCAUUCAAUUUAGUAAUUGCCAUUACUUCAACCAAAUCAUCACAUUAUUAUUACUAUUACCAUUAAUAUCUUUGUUAUAAUUAUUAUUGAUAUCAAUAAUAAUAAUAGUUCCAUCACUAUCACUCAUGCCGCUGACCCGUACCUACCGGCAUAAACACUGAAAGUAACCCACGAAUUUUAUGUAGAUAAAAAAAUGAAACGCUUAGCGGCUGCAGUGGUGAAUUGCGGUGGAACAAUUCAACUUGGUAUAUAUAUAUAUAUAUAUGUAUAUAUAUAUAUAUAUAUGUAUAUAUAUAUAUACAUAUAUAUAUAUAUAUAUAUAUAUAUAUAUGUACGUAUAAAUAAUAAAUUUAAUAAUAAAAUCUAUGCGCUGAUAACAGGCAUGGUGAGCAUGUUUGCCAACUACAAAAAAUGAGGUCGAGGUAUAAGAACAGUUCGGCGGGCAGGUUUUGUUCAUUCCAAUGACAUUGUGACAAAAAAAGUAAGCAAACACAUGUGAAAUCAUUAGCAGCAAACAAUAAACAGUUCUCUAUCUAGAGACCGAAGUCGUAUCAAAAAAAAGGUGCUAGCAUUCGAGUGAAAGUUCGCCGUAUGAGUGCUGCGCCCGGUAAGAGACGGCGUGCAUUCGUACAGCGCAAAGAAAAUAGUGACGAAGAAGGACAAUCGUUCUAUUGAGCGUUAGUUAUGCUUCAAGCGAAACAAACCCCAAGGCCCGGCUCGCUGAGCUCUUCUACACAAAGUUGUCGUAGUGUAUAUUGUACAUUGCUGUAUUGUAGAACUCAAUCGACUUUGUUUUUUUUUUGUAGAAAACUCUCAACGAUAAUAAAUCGCAUUUUUCAUUCAUGAGUAAUACUUCACAUGCUUUGUCUGUCGCUCUGUACACUUGUGUGAAUGUGGAAGUACAUGCAUCGGCAUACAAAGGCUGAACGCAGCUUUGAACGAGUUUUCAAUAUAACGGUAUCGUAGGCCGAGCAACUAAACACGCUGGGCGCUUAAAACUAUCGAUUGAGUGUGAUGGUUAGGCUAUAGAUUGAGUAUGAAAGCUAGAAAGUUCGUUUUUUUUUUUGAUGGAAAUAUAAUAUUUUGUCAUACAACAGAUGCUUUUUAUUUUUAGUUUAUGAUGAAGAACGGCAGAAAACGGUGAGUCGUAUUACUUUCUAAAGGUAAUAAUCAUAAUCAUCAUCAUCAUCAUCGUCGUCGUCAUCGUCAUAAUCAAGCUAACUAUAGUGUCAUUCUAAUAGUGACUGCGUGCUGAAAAAUAUUUAGUACAGCAUUUUUCUUUCUUAUAAUUAGUUUUAUUUUCCAUUUAUUUAUUUGAGACAAUUUACAGUAGAGUUGAAUCUUCAUCUGCUGUACAUGUUUUUUUUGAGUGGUACUUUUAUAUGGUUGACUAUUGAUUUCCAAUGAAUGAAACAGUUUUUUUUUUAUUUUCUAUAUUUUUCCCUUCGUUUACUUUAACUAGAUGAUAAAUGUACGAGCAAAUUCGUGAGUGUUGAUCUGACUGUUUAUUUAUGGAUCUGGAUAAUUGUGGGAUAUGAAUGCGAGCUUGCAAAAAAAUGCAGUUCCAGUUGUUCCAUAGAAACAUAAAACUCAUCUAGAACAAUGAAUGAGGACGAUCUCGAUCACUGCGUAGAGCCUGACAAACCCGGUGUAAUACUAUGUAAUUAGCAGAGAAUUGCUAGUGUGUAGAAUCUAUUGUGCAUCAACAGGAAAAAUGAUGCAAGGGCUACCUGUAUAUUCUGUUUGUAUGUAAAGAAAUAAAAUGUCAACUAUUUCGAGGCUGAAAUAACUAUA